AUGGCAUUAAGAUUUCCGAGGUUUAGCCAAGGCUUAGCUCAGGACCCCACUACUCGUCGUAUUUGGUUUGGUAUUGCUACCGCACAUGACUUCGAGAGUCAUGAUGAUAUUACUGAGGAACGUCUUUAUCAGAACAUUUUUGCUUCUCACUUUGGGCAAUUAGCAAUAAUCUUUCUGUGGACGUCCGGAAAUCUCUUUCAUGUAGCUUGGCAAGGAAAUUUUGAGUCAUGGAUACAAGACCCUUUACAUGUAAGACCUAUUGCUCAUGCAAUUUGGGAUCCUCAUUUUGGUCAACCAGCUGUAGAAGCCUUUACUCGAGGAGGUGCUACCGGUCCAGUGAAUAUCGCUUAUUCCGGCGUUUAUCAGUGGUGGUAUACAAUCGGAUUACGCACUAAUGAAGAUCUUUAUACUGGAGCUCUUUUUCUAUUAUUUCUUUCUGCUAUAUCCUUAAUAGCGGGUUGGUUACACUUACAACCAAAAUGGAAACCAAGCGUUUCGUGGUUCAAAAAUGCCGAAUCUCGUCUAAAUCAUCAUUUGUCAGGACUUUUCGGAGUGAGUUCUUUGGCUUGGACAGGACAUUUAGUUCAUGUCGCUAUUCCAGGAUCCAGGGGACAGUACGUCAGAUGGAAUAAUUUUUUAGAUGUAUUACCCUAUCCUCAAGGGUUGGGACCACUUUUUACGGGUCAGUGGAAUCUUUAUGCCCAAAACCCUGAUUCGAGUAGCCAUUUAUUUGGUACUUCCCAAGGAACAGGAACUGCCAUUCUAACCCUUCUCGGUGGAUUUCAUCCACAAACGCAAAGUUUAUGGCUGACCGAUAUUGCUCAUCAUCAUUUAGCUAUUGCAUUUAUUUUCCUGAUCGCUGGUCAUAUGUAUAGAACUAACUUCGGGAUUGGGCACAGUAUCAAAGAUCUUUUAGAAACACAUAUUCCUCCAGGGGGUCGAUUAGGGCGUGGGCAUAAGGGUCUUUAUGACACAAUCAAUAAUUCGCUUCAUUUUCAAUUAGGUCUUGCUCUAGCCUCUUUAGGGGUUAUUACUUCCUUAGUAGCUCAACACAUGUACUCUUUACCUGCUUAUGCAUUCAUAGCACAAGACUUUACUACUCAAGCUGCGUUAUAUACUCAUCACCAAUACAUCGCAGGGUUUAUCAUGACAGGAGCCUUUGCUCAUGGAGCUAUAUUCUUCAUUAGAGAUUACAAUCCAGAACAGAAUGAGGAUAAUGUAUUGGCAAGAAUGUUAGACCACAAAGAAGCUAUCAUAUCUCAUUUAAGUUGGGCCAGCCUGUUUCUUGGGUUCCAUACCUUGGGCCUUUAUGUUCAUAACGAUGUUAUGCUCGCUUUUGGUACUCCGGAAAAACAAAUCUUGAUUGAACCUAUAUUUGCCCAAUGGAUACAAUCCGCUCAUGGUAAGACUUCAUAUGGGUUCGAUGUACUCUUAUCUUCAACGAAUGGCCCAGCAUUCAAUGCAGGUCGAAGCAUAUGGUUACCGGGCUGGUUGAAUGCUGUUAAUGAGAAUAGUAAUUCACUCUUCUUAACAAUAGGUCCUGGGGACUUCUUGGUUCAUCAUGCUAUUGCUCUAGGUUUGCAUACAACUACACUGAUUUUAGUAAAAGGUGCUUUAGAUGCACGUGGUUCCAAGUUAAUGCCAGAUAAAAAGGAUUUCGGUUAUAGUUUUCCUUGCGACGGCCCAGGACGCGGCGGGUACUUGUGAUAUUUCUGCUUGGGACGCAUUUUAUUUGGCAGUUUUCUGGAUGUUAAAUACCAUUGGGUGGGUUACUUUUUAUUGGCAUUGGAAACACAUCACUUUAUGGCAGGGUAACGUUUCACAAUUUAAUGAAUCUUCCACUUAUUUAAUGGGAUGGUUAAGAGAUUAUCUAUGGUUAAAC